AUCAAAGAACCAUGGCUAUCUUCAGACAGGAGAAAAGAGGAGGAACCUAACCAUCUGGAAAGAAGAAAGAAAUGUCUGCAGACCCCUUCACAAGGUCUAAUGGAUGCUAAGUUUCAAGAGUGCAGUUCGAAGGAGAUAGGGAGCCUUAAAACACAACUUGAAGGACAGCAUGCUCAAGAACUGCAACGCCUCCGCUCCUAUUUCCAACAGCAGCUGAAGGAAAGUGAAGAGAGGUACACCGCAGAGAUUGUCCACCUGCAGGAUAAGCUUCAGAGUGCUGGGGUAUCCCCUGGCCACACGAGUGUAUCCAAAGAGUCAGAAAUAAAGCUAAAAGAUGUCUUCAGGAAACGGAAGUGCACUGAAAAUGUUCAUCAGCAAAGAAGAGAUGAAGCACUGGAGCUUGCUAGUGAAACGGAAAUGCAGAAUGCUCUGGAUGUUUUCCAAUUGCUAGAAAAACAGUACCAAGAAAGAUUAGAAGAAGAAAUAGCAAAGGUAAUCGUGUCAAUGAGUGUAGCAUUUGCCAAACAGACUGAACUCUCAAGAAUUGCUAGGCAGAAGGAAGAAGCAGCACAAACACAGAUUGUACGUCAACAGGUGAUGCAUUUUGAAGUUAAAAAGCAAUGUGGUGAAGGAAAGAAUGACAGUCCUCUUAGAACAUCAACAGAAGAAGGCAGUGAGCUUGAAGAACAGUUGAAAUCGCUUUGCAAGGAGCUCAAUGAAGAGUCUGGUGAGAUCAACUCACUUGGACAACACCUUCAUUCUGACAGCAAGCCUGGCUGCCUAUUAGGACAGACCACCCCCGAAUCAGGGGUUUCUGAAGAACUGUUUUCCCAUGUCAAAGGGCUUACAGUGGAAGAAACACCACACUACAGCGAGGUGGCGGCAGUAGACGCAGAAACAUCAAGUCAGCUUUUGCUGUAUGAGGAACGUUUGGAAGACAUGCGACAGGAGCUGGUACGGCAAUAUCAGGAACAUCAGCAGGCGACAGAAUUACUGAGACAAGGGCACAUGCAGCAAAUGGAACGUCAGAAGGAAAAUCAAGAGCAGCUCCUAGCAGAGCUUGAGAGUCUUAAAGUGCAAUUAGCUGAGCGUGUCUCAAUGGAGAAUGACAGCCUGGUUGCAGAGAGAGAGACAAUGCUUUUAGAAGAUCUGGAAUCAUUAAAACAACAUUCUGUACCCGGAAAAGAUAAACUGUUUUGUGAGCUACAGAACAACAGCACACAAACAGAGAAUGAAACUGAAAACGAAAACGAUGUGGGAGAACAGGUCUUUGAGGAAGAAGAUGGAGGAAGAAAGACUAAUGAAACGUCUUCAUCUCUUCUUUCUAAAGAAAGGCACAUUUUCCAGAAGGCGAACGAGAAACUCAUGAAGAUUCUUUUAGAAGUUGUGAAGACGACUGUGGCCGUGGAGGAGACAAUUGGUUGCCACGUUCUGAGUUUGCUGGAUCGAUCUGGGAAAGUGCCGCCUUCCAAACCUGCCGGAUGGGACACAGGGACAGAGGAGUCGGUAAAACCCUGCAUCCGUGUGGGGUAUGAGAAAGAGUCCUCUUCCUCAUAUCAUGGGAGUAGUAUGGGAGAUGAUGAUACCAAUAUGUGGUCAGGAGCAAUGGAUGAAGGACUUCUGAGCCAACAUCUUGCAGGAAGCGAUGUGGAAAUAGAUCCUGAAAAUGAAGAACUCAUUCUGAAUAUUAGUUCUCGACUACAAGCAGCUGUUGAAAAGCUUCUGGAAGCUAUCACUGAAACUUCAAAUCAGCUUGAACAUGCUAAAAUUACUCAGACAGAACUCAUGCGAGAGUCCUUCAAAAAGCAACAAGAGGCCACAGAAUUCAUCAAGUAUCAGGAAGAACUGCAAGAACGUCUUAAUGAAGAAACCAAAGCUAGAGAGCAGUUGGCUUUGGAGCUUAGUAAAGCUGAAGGCCUCAUUGAUGGCUACGCAGAUGAAAAAGCAUUUCUGGAAAAACAACUCCAGGAAAAAAUAGAUGUAAUUGACCAUCUUGAGCAAGAACUACUGUGUACAGGUAACAGAUUGCAGGAGUUAGAGGCUGAACAGCAGCAGAUCCAGGAGGAAAGGGAGUUACUCUCCAGACAGAAGAACGCCAUGAGAGCAGAUGCGGGGCCAGUUGAGCAGCAAUUGCUGGAGGAAACAGAAAAGCUAAUGAAAGAAAAAAUUGAGGUACAGCGUCAAGCUGAAAAAGAGUAUGAUGACCUUCAGAAGCAAGUGAAAGUCUUGGAAAUAGACUUGGAAGAACAGGUCAAUCGUUUCAUAGAGCUAGAGCAAGAAAAAAAUGCAGAAUUAAUGGACUUAAGGCAGCAAAACCAGGCUUUGGAGAAGCAGCUUGAGAAAACACGAAAAUUUCUAGAUGAGCAAGCAAUUGACCGAGAGCACGAGAGAGACGUAUUCCAGCAAGAGAUACAGAAGCUCGAACAACAGCUUAAGAUUCCACAAAGGGUUCAGCCUGUCAACGAGCAUCAAACCAGAGAGGUCGAACAGUUAACAAAUCAUCUAAAAGAAAAAACAGACAAGUGCAGUGAGCUUUUGCUCUCUAAGGAGCAACUUCAGAGAGAUAUACAAGAACGAAAUGAAGAAAUUGAGAAAUUAGAAUGCAGGAUAAGAGAACUGGAACAAGCCUUAAUCAUCAGUGCAGAUAACUUGCAAAAGGUGGAGGAAAGGAAACAGUUUGGCACCAUCAUAGUAAAGGGAGAAUUACCUCUUGAAAUGCAACUGCAAGCUGAAAGAGAAGCUGUGGACAGAAAGGAAAAGGAGGUCACAAACCUUGAGGAACAGCUGGAACAGUUUCGAGAGGAGCUAGAAAAUAAAAAUGAAGAAGUUCAGCAGUUGCACAUGCAGCUAGAAAUUCAGCGCAAGGAGUCCACUACACACUUGCAAGAACUUGAACAAGAGAACAAAUUAUUUAAGGAUGAAAUGGAAAUACUGGGACUAGCUCUUCGGAAGUCUGAAGAUGCCACCGUAAAGGACCAUCAUUUAGUGGCUGGGAGGCUCGCUCACAUCAUGCAGGAGAAGGAGCAGGAAAUAGACCAUCUUCAUCAACAAAUUGCAAAACUGCAACAGCAGCUUGAGUUCACAACUGACAACAAAGUUAUUGAAGAGCAAGAUGAGCAUAUACGGGAGCUUGAAGCCCAGGUAGAAUGUCUGAAAAGCGAUCAAGAACGUGUGAAGAAAAAAAAUGAUGAGGAAAUAGAGCAGUUGCAUGAUGUAAUUGAUAAGCUUCAGCAGGCCCUGGCAAAUAUUGACCAAAAAGCCCCUGCAGACAUUGCUGCCUUUCAAGAAGAUGCUGACAGUCUGAAACACACGCUUGAAACCGUUCUGGCAGAAAAGGAAGCUUUGCAGAAGCAAGUAGAAAAAAUAAAUGUAGAAGCAUCUCAAACAAAGAAUGAGCUUGAGCAAACUAAGUUUAAAAUGGACCAGCUAAAGCAGGAAAUAAGUAUAUUAAAAAAAGAGCAUGAAAGAGUAACAGAGAAAUUUAAGUGUGUGUUGAUGAAAGGCAAUAGGGAAAAAACAGAAGAUAGGCACGCUGGGGAAACUGAAAAAGUGGAAGAAGGCUUAUGUGAGAAAGUAGAGUUCCUAGAUCAAUCUCAGCUUAGCUCUUCAGAUGAGAAUACAAGAGUCGCCUUUAGCAAGAUGGAGGUACAACUGCAGCAACUGCAGGCAUGCAUUAAAGAAAAAGAUUCAGCACUGUGCCAGUCCCAGAAUGAAAUAAGAGACCUGAAAGAGCAAGGCAAAGCUGAAAGAGAAAUGCUUAAGAAGAGGAUAUUAGAACUUGAAAAGACACUAGUGGAAAAAGUUGCUGCUGCUCUUGUGAGUCAGGUUCAGCUAAAUGCAGUUCAAGAGCAAAGGAAAUUCCUGUGGGAAAUUCAAGGAGCCUCAAAAUGUGUGGAGGAAGCAAGCAAGAAUGUCCAGACAGAAGGUGUGAGUGAUAGAACUGAAACAGAAUCAAAAUUAUCCCUCUUAACAGAGAGGCUCAGCAAGAUGGAAGACCAACUGGCAAUGGUAAACUGUAACUUGGAGCUAGAAAAAGAAAAUGUGAAAGUUGCCCAAAAGGAAGCUGAAGCGAAAGAAAAGAGGCUUCUAGAACUUCAGCAAUUACUAGAAGAGGUUCGAGAAAAACAGAAAGAGGAGAUUCAGAAAUACGUUAAGCAAGAAGAAACACAGACAGAUCAGGUAGGAGCACAACUCACAGCAAGUGAAAAAGAAAAUGUACUUAUUAAUGAACUUGAACUACAGCAACUUAAAGAAGAAGCGGCGGCUGCUAAGGAGGAGCUGAGCAGUUACAGAGAAAAGGCAGAAAAACUUCGGCAAGAACUAGUGGUAAAAGAAGCAAAUCUGAUGCAUCUUCAGGAAGACCUGUGCAAAGUCAAAGAGAACCUACUUCAGGCAGAAGAGAAGCUUGCAAGUUACGUGAGAAGGGACAAGGAAAUGACAAAAGCUGCAAGUAAAAGGGAUGCAGAAAUAUUGUGUGAUUUGUCGGCCAUCGAGUCUGCUCUCAGUAGAAAAAACUCAUCAUCGCAAACAGACAAGACUGUGGAAAUCAACAGCUGCAUCCAAACUUCCCCAGUCCUUGUUAAAAACGUACAGAUCCAAACGGAUUUGCAAAAUGCAUGUUCUUCAGAAGAGAUUGCAGAGAUCAUACGAGAAUUUACUGAAAAAAUUGACCAAAUGCAAGAACUCCAUGCUGCUGAAAUCAUGGACAUGGAGACAAGGCAUAUCUCUGAAUCUGAAGCAUUAAAGAGAGAGAAGUUUGCUGCAGUGCAAGUAUUGACUGACGAGUGUAACUCUUUAAAGGAGGUCAUAGAAACUUUACAGACUAGAGAGGGAAUCCCAGUUUCUGGAUUAGCAGCACAUUCUCCACUGUAUCAAGCUAGAGAUGGAGGUUCUAGUGACUCCAGUUCAGACUGGAGUCAAGGAAUGUAUCUUGCUCACACCCAGGGAUCUGACACAAUAUCUGAAGGCUUAGAUGAAGGUGAAACUUCAACAGAUUUACUUCCAAAAAAGAUUAAGGGUUUGCUGAGAGCAGUCCAUCAUGAAGGCAUACAGGUGCUGUCUCUCACUGAAUUUCCGUAUGGUGAAAGAGAGAUGACAGCACUUAAGCAAGAGCCAGAGUCUUGGCUUGAGGAAAGGAAAGCUUUUCUAAGCACCAUUUCAUCUUUGAAAGACCUAAUUGCAAAAAUGCAGCUCUAUAGAGAGGCUGAGUUCUGUGCGAGUACCGAAUCUGCCGAAGGUGCCUCGGACUGGCGAGGAGAACUUCUGCGUGCUGUUCAGCAGCUUUUUGUGAGAGAACAAAAUGUUCUUCUUGCUGCCUUUCAAACUGACCUUGCAGAACUGGGCACAAGGGAUGCAGUGAUAUUGAUGAAUCAGUUAGAGCACAGACUGCAAGAGCAGGCUACUAACCAGAGAGCAGCGAUGGACUGUCUUCAGAAUGCAGACAGAAGUAGUUUGCUGAUGGAGAUUCAAGUAUUACAUGCUCAGAUGAACAGUAAGAAAAAUAAUCCAAAGAGAGAACAAGAGAUCGGUUCAAAAAGCCAAGAAAUGCUGGAGUAUAAUGUGCAGCAGAAGCAGUUGCAGAUACUAGAGAUGCAAGUGGAGCUCCGGAGUACGAAGGACAGAGCAGCUGAGCUUCAGGAACAGCUGAAUUCAGAGAGAAUGACGGGUGCUGAGCUGAAGAAUGAACUGGCACAAGCCAAGCUGGAGCUUGAAGCAACCCUUAAAGCACAGCACAAGCACUUCAAGGACCUGGAAACCAUCAGGACUGAAGUUAGAGAAAAAGCUGCUGAGCUAGAUGUUCUCAAGGAUACAAUGGUCAGCGAACAGAAAAAAUCAAGAGAGCUGCAGUGGGCUUUGGAAAAGGAAAGAGCUAAAAUGGAGCGCAGCGAGGAAAGAGGAAGAGAAGAGCUUGAGGAUUUAAAAAUUUCACUUGAAGAUCAAAAACAAAAGAAUGUGCAGUUAACUAAGCUUUUGGAGCAAGAGAAACAGCUGUCAACCGAUCUGCAACAGAAAAUUGAAUCCCAAGAAGCCCUCAGUGCUGCCCAGCUGUCACGUGAGCGAGGCCGUAAUUCUGAGUUGCAGGUGCUUCUUGAAUCAGAGAAGGUUCGAGCUCUUGAAAUAAGCAGUGCCCUCGAAAGGGAAAAAGAGCUGUGUGCUCAGCUUCAAAGUGCUGAAGACAAGGGGCAAGCUGGAACACCUAAUCCGUCUGAGGAAUUACUUAAAGAGCUACAGAAACAAAUGGAUGAAAAGCAUGACCGUAUAGUGGAGUUAGUAAGUGAGAUGGAGAAGUACAAACUGGAAUCUGUGCAAGUGAGACAGCAAAUGGAGAAAGAAAGGCAGAUCCAGAGGAAAGCGUUACAGGCAGAACAAGAUGCUAACAUAAUAGCACAGAAGAAACUCCAUGAACUGGAGUCCAAGGUAGAAGACCUUCAGUGGCAACUUGGAGAAAAGAAGCAAGAAGUUCAUAAAUUAGGGAACGAAACAAAGAAGUUGCAGGAAAUAAUCCAAGACCUACAGAAAAAAGAGCAGGAGAAUGAAGGAAGAAAGGAAGCGGCAAGGACACCAAGCCACAAUCCCAAUGAGACUACCUGGGAUACACCCAAUGACAGAACAAGAAACUGGAUUCUCCAGCAAAAAAUGGAAGGAGCGGAGACAAAUGAAUCAACCUACCCCGCGCUGACGAGAGGAGGAGAUCUCUCUGCUGCUACUGAAAUUCUGGAAAGCGUCAGACAAAAGCUGCAAAAUGCAUCUCCAAAGCUGAAGCAGCUGGCUCGGAAAGCUGCUAGCAGGUUGCCGUUUGAGGCGGCAGAUGAUCAAGACUUUGCUGUGGUACAAAACGCGAUUGAAGACGUUAUCUCAGAGCUGCAAAAACUGCCUGGAUUGUCCUGUCUGGAGGAGCUGAAGCUGAUGCUGCCACCAGGGACUCCAUCCAGCUCAUUGACCGAGAGACUGCUGAGACAAAACGCAGAGCUGACGGGCUUUGUCAGCAGACUGAGUGAAGAGAAGAAUAAUUUGAGGAAUGCUGUUAUGAAGCUGGAGGAAGAGCUGAGAAGAUACCAGCACAGGCAGCCUCCUGGAGACUAUUCUUCCAGACACUCGUCAGAUGUUGGAGUUAAUAUUGAUACUCUUGUUGCCUCUGAGAAGGAAAUUUGGAACAGAGAAAAGCUGUCACUGCAGAAAUCUUUGAAGCAAGCCGAUGCGGAGCUCUCCAAGCUGAGAGCAGAGCUCAGGAGCGAAGCUUUCCUCAGAGAACUGGGAUCAGAUUCUGAAAAUGCUGUUUUAAGGAGAAUUUAUGGCAAGUACUUACGAGCGGAGAGCUUUCGGAAAGCCCUCAUAUAUCAGAAAAAAUAUUUGCUGCUGUUACUAGGCGGAUUCCAGGAGUGUGAAGAGGCCACGCUGGCUCUCAUUGCCCGCAUGGGAGGGCAGCCAUCCUACACAGACCUCGAGAUCAUCACGCAUCACUCGAAGGGCUUCACGAGGUUUCGCUCUGCAGUCAGAGUGUCCAUUGCGAUUUCAAGAAUGAAGUUCCUGGUUCGUCGAUGGCACAGAGUUACGGGUUCUAGUAUACUGAGUAUCAACAGGGAUGUCUUUAACCAGAACACAGGUAAUGAAUUACGGCCUGAUUCAUUCUCUGGUGGUGUGGAUCUUUAUGGAGAACAAAGACACUCUCAUCGAUCCAGGUCAGACAUGGAGCCUCCUAGAUGCUCUGUACAUUUUCAACAUAAGUUCCACGGUCUGCACACCGAUUUGAACCCCGUCUCUUUCGCCUGUUCUCAGCUGCAGAACUAUGACCCUGAGCGAGCUUUAACAGAUUACAUCAACCGGCUGGAGGCCCUGCAGCGGCGGCUGGGCAGCGUGCAGUCAGGUUCAACUUCAUACACUCAGUUGCACGUGGGCAUGAGAAGAUAA